AUCUGAACACAGAUCAAUUUCUUACUUUCCAUCAUCAUCCCGGCUCAUUUCUUUUUUAGUAAUUGCUCUAACUGUAUACCCACGGCUACUAUUGUACCAUGGAUGAAAAUGAGACCGACCCUUCUUUUGUCGUCAUCAUGGGAAAUCCACAGCAAGGGAAGGGCGAGCGAAUAAGCCAGGUGCGUUCGCACAUCACGAAACAACGCCACCGGCAAAAUGGAAGACGGCAGGCAAGUGCUCCAAAGACUUUGGCUUUGAUGAGUCCUCAUAGCGAGAUCCACUCUACACUGGUGCCUUCUGGGUUGUCAAUAGCAGGCAUCGGCCAUCAGAGAAUGCAGAGCUUCCUGGGCCGAUACUUGUGCUACAGCCACGAUGUUCAUCCUUCUUUUCAUAUCGUGGUUCUUGCCGCAGCUACUCAUGCGCCGUUGAUGAGCGCGAAGAUUCUGACUGCGUCGACAUGGGACGACCUGAACAAUACGGGAGAGAUCAGUAAUUUGACUCUGAAGCAAGGUGUCAUCACUCGAAGGCUGAUAAUUGGGUCGUUGAGUAAUAUACACGAAGCCAGCAGCGAUGUGAAUAUCGCUGCUUUGGUUUCAAUUCUUAUCUUUGAUGUACGUCAAAUUUCCUUAACUCGGGCAGGGAACGCUGACAUCGUCAUGCCACAGCUAGUCAGUGAAGAUAGGAAUGCCUUUUUCCAUCAUAAGCAAGCCCUCCAUGAGCUCAUUUACAUGCGGGGGGGCAUGCAGGCUCUGGGAUUCGAAGGACAUCUGGCGAAAAGCAUGCCGUUGAUCGAACAAUUUCAGAAAAUUGUAAAAAUUGCCACGCCUGCGUGCUACUAUCGUCAGUCAAGUGGUAUCUUUCCUACUCUCUGUCAGCCUCUGGAUCUGAAAAUCUUCACCUUCCCGAUCCAACACCAAAACACCUCUCCGGAAUCAACAAGUCCUUUUCUGGCGAUGCUUCUAGGCCAUCUUUCUCGAUUGUUACUUCUUGUCAGAGAAUGUACUAGUCAGUCAUUCCCGGCCAAAACCCAACGUUGUCUCGGACAAUGCGCGACAAUUUACCGCGACUUAAUUGCGACCAGACCGCUCAUUGCGAACGAUAUCGAUGUAAGAGCAAUAGCUAUACUCCAUGCGACCCUUCUCUUUAGCUGGUCGGGCUUUGCAUUCAAUGAUGUCGGCCUCGUAUAUUGGUCCGAUAGCUUGAAUGCUUUGCAGACAAGUCUUCGACAACCAGAUAUUGAUCAAACUUGGGCCCACCUACCGGGAGCUCUCAUCUGGUGUCUGGUCAUUGGUGCGAGAUUGGCCCAACUAGGAUCAGCCAGGAAAUGGUUCAUGAUGCAGUUAGUUCGAGUCGCAUCCUGCAUCGCCCUUGAUUGGUUUGAUGAGGUGCUGCAGAGCCUACAACUUAUUGUUAACGGCUUGGAUGCAGCAGAAAUGCUAGACAAUAUGCCGGUACUUUACGGAUCGAUAUGAUUUGGAAUUCGCGAAACGACGAGGAAGGGGUUGACAUUGAGCAAAUAUCGCAACCCAAGCAAAUCGACAAUCCAAUAGAAACACGAAGGAUAUAAUCCUACAGCCUUGCGAU